ACUUCAGAUCGGUUAACAGAUGGACAGUCUGAACGGUUCUGGAUUCAGUCAGAAGAAACGAGUUAAAUGAUUCUAUUCUGGGCCAGAAGAACCAAACAGAACCAGACAGAACCUCUGGUUCUGAACAGAUCAGAUCAUUUUAAUGGUUCUGCAACGGUUCUUGUUGGUCCAAUUUCAGGAGGUUCUGGACCUCCUAGUAGAACUUAGUUGGUCCAUCGUUUCAGAACCAGCCGUUGGAACCGAGACCCGGUUUGUGCUGCUGCUCUGAUAACAAUCAUCAUGAGGCGUUCAGGGAGGCUGGGAUCAUUCAGCGCCGCCGGAUCACAGCUGAUGAUGAUGAUGAUGAUAUAAUGAUGGAGGGGAGAGAGGGGGCGGGGCCUGAGGAAGAGGAGGAGCUACUGCUGAGGUGAUGAAGGUGAGGAGAAGCAGAGAGGCGACGGCAGCAAAGGUCCGGAUCGGUCCGCCACCAGGUACCGACAGAUAGACAGAUAGAUAGACAGACAGACAGACAGAUAGAUAGAUGGAACUUGUGUGGUACAAUGCCAGUGGAUUCAGAUCGGGUUGACCUUUAACCCUCAGAGGUUCGUGAUGGGUCUGGACAGGGUCUCCAGCACCACUCCACACAUCAACUACCUGGGUGCGGCGAGCCUCAACACCUCCACCCUCUCUGCCUCCUCCAUCUCCUCCACGCUGCCUCCGUCUUCUUGCAGCAUCGAUGAAUCCUACAAGUACGUCUUCCUGCCCGUUUGCUACUCCCUGACCUUCCUGUUCAGCCUGGUGCUGAACUCCGUAGUUCUGGUUCGGUCAUGCCGGCCCCAUGGCGGCGGCGGCGGUGGGCGGCGCUGGAACACCUCCCUGAUCUACAUGGUGAACCUGGCCACCACAGACCUGAUGUACGGCCUGUCCCUGCCCUUCCUGGUGGCGAGCUACAUGCUGAGGGACCACUGGGUGUUCGGGGACUUCAUGUGCCGCCUCGUACGAUUCCUUUUCUACUUCAAUCUCUACUGCUCCAUCUUCUUCCUCACCUGCAUCUCUGUGCACAGGUACCUGGGGAUCUGCCAUCCAAUGAGGACCAUCACUCUGGAAAGCAAGCGGGUGGUGAAGGCGACCUGUGCCUCGGUGUGGGUGGUGGUCUUCGUUCUCACCUGUCCUAUCUUCAGGUUUGCCCAGACAGGAGACGUUACUAGAAGAAGUUCUGGAGCAGUUGGACCUGAGGGGACGAGGUUUGGAGACAACAGGACUGAGGAGACGUAUGUGAACUGUUGGGAUGAUGCAGUCGAUAAGGACUUUCCUGAAUAUGUCCCAUACGGCAUUGUCCUUCACCUGCUGGGCUUCUUUGUCCCCUUCGUCAUCAUCGCUUGGUGCUACUCUCAGGUGGUCCGGACAAUAUUUCAGAGCCUGCGGUCUCCACCCAGUUCAAUAGAGGGCGGCGAUGACGCAGCAGCUGGGGACGGAGCAGUUGAAGGAGGUCGAGAUCGGGACAGAACGUCAGUCUCCAUCUCUGGAUCACAGUACUCCCACUACAUCCGGAGGCGGCGCAAAUCCAUUAAAACCAUCGUAACCAUCACUCUACUGUUUGCGCUCUGCUUCCUGCCCUUCCAUGUGACCCGGACGUUGUUCCUGCUCCUGCGGCGGGGGCAACUCGGCGGCUGCAAUGCCAUGAAGGCCGUCUCCAUCUGCUACAAGGUCACCAGGCCUCUGGCCUCCUGUAACGCCUGGCUCAACGCCUUACUCUACUUCCUGACAGGAGAUAAAGGGGCCCCCUGCUGCUGGCCAGCGGAACGAACAGUGCACCAGGACAGAAGAAAUGGCUCCCUCUGGUGGCCAUUAGCAAUACUUAGGAAGGAAGGAGGCGGAGAGGACGACCAGGAGGCGGCCGAGAACGUAGCAAGGGAGCUCCAGAUGGAGAAUGAAUCCAAGUCUUCACGGAUCAUCUUCUAGGACCAUUUCAUCUUCAAAGAUGAUCCGUGCUCAUCUUCACGGAUCGCCUUUGAAGAUGAGCAACUUUUUGCUCAACCCGUUGAUGUGUUGCCCUGGACCUCCUCCGUGACUCCCGAGUGCUGAUCCGAUACAACUUUAUCAACAGACUAAGUUUCAGGAAGCUGUGAGUGAGCUGCUCUCAGUCGGACAUAGUUCUGGUCGGACCAGUGGUGGUUCUGGUGUUCCUGCUUUUUUAAUCUCAGGUCGUUUCUCCUUUCGGACCUCAUUAGUUUGGAUGUUUUUGUGCAAGAAUUAAAG